AUGUACACUAACAUGCUUAGGAGUAAGACACUGGAAAAACUCUUAUUUGACAGAACUAGGAUUUGCAGGCUUUUUUCGGCACUGGCGAAUCCUGCAACUUUACAACAGGCCGUCUUCGGAAUGCACAAAUCCGCACCUUUAGAAUUAAGACGUAAAUCGUUUGAUGAUUUGAUGAGACAGCUUGAUGAGAACGAGGAAUUAUGGAAAGACAAUGCGUUGGUUGAGUCUGAAAUCCAUCAUAAUAUGGUGGAACUGAUCAAUGGUCCGGAUCAAGAUUAUUAUAUGAAAGAAUUGCAAAAAUGCAAUGGUUGGUUGUCCAUUUAUUCCUUAAUUCACGAUAGACUUUAUUACAAUGCAGUACAGGGUGUAUUUAGACAUCCUCAAUAUAUCCCCAACGAGACCUUUGAGUAUUUAUGUUUGCAGCUUUUGAAAAAUGAUCAGCUGAAGUUAUUUAUGGAUGCAAUUGAUAAGAAUUCGCCUAAUCAUUUUUAUAAAGUAUCCCAGAACAUCUAUGAGAAAUUCAUUCGUUUAUGUAUUGAACGUCGCCAAGACGAUUUAUUAGCAAAAUUCAUUGAAAAAUAUAUAAUUUACACGGGAGAUACCGAGGUAAUCAAAUAUCAAGCAUGCCACAUUGAUUGGCAGCUCGGAGAAUCCAUUUUGAACUUUUUCUAUUCCUGUGGUAAUAUCAAAGCAUAUUCCAAAACCGCAGCUCUCAUGAUACUGCUAGCCAAACAGUUGCCCAAAAGCGAAAAGUUAGCUCGUGAGUUGAGAUUCAAGAGCAGAGUCCAGAAGUUACAAAUGUAUACCGAUAAAUUAGGUCCCUAUACGGUACUUGAAAAUGGAAUGUUCCAUAAGUUUGGCCUUAUUGCAAACAAAAAUGCUAAAUUCGACAAGCAUCUCAAACCUUUUGCAAAUUCUCUUUUCAGUUAUUACAAAGAUCAGCAACUUACACUUGAGACGUGUAUUCUACUUAUUGAAUACAUGCAUGGCCUCCACACCCAAGAGUUCAAAGAAUCAUUCAGUAAAAAACUCAACCCUGAUAUUCAAAUGGCAAGAAUCUAUCGUAGUGUCAUUAGGAAAACUGCUGAUCCAGACCCUUUGAUCUUGAAAAAUUACACUGAUAUCAUCAAUAUGGCAAACGAUAAGAACAAUAAACACAUGAAAGAUGGCUUACCCGUACGUAGAACCCAAAAUCAACGCUUCUCUGAGGAGGAAGCUUUGAACCCUGAUGACAUCAAGCCAUUCAAACCAAAGGCCCUUCAAAUUAUUUUAUAUGUUUUACACGAGCGGGCAAAGAAUGUUAAAAUACCCCAAAGUGAUGAAUUGAGAGAUAUUAUCGUCACAGCCGUCUUACUCUUUCAAGCUAUGAUUAAGGUGCGGUCGCUUAAACCUUCUGUUGACUGUGUUCAGUUGAUGAUGGACCUGGUACGUAUGCACCCUGCUACAGCACCUCACGUCACUCUGCUGCAGCCAUUGUACGACAAAGUGAAAGGUCAACUCCCUGAAAACCAGAUACCUAAACGUCUAAGGCCUCAAGAGUCACCACUUAAAACACCUCCACCUGAUUCAACAUGA